AUGGCUGGCAGCUCGCAGCCGUGGCUCGACGAUCUGAGCGAGGAGUGGGUACUGCAGCCGGCCUCGCUGCCAGCGUCGCCCGAGCCUGCACCGACGCCCGCCGCCCACAGCGCACCGCCGAAGCCGCUCAGUCGCCUGCCCCGCCCCACGCACUCCCCCGGCUCGCAGUCUGAGCUGGCAGUGCGGACUGACCUGCGCCCGGCUAGACAGAGCAGCGCCCUGGCUGCGCGCAGCACCGCCGACCCCAGCAGCGCGCCCGCAUCCUCGUCGCCGCGCGCGCACGCCGACGCGCACGAGGCUGCGCGCUCGUUCAGCGCCAGCUCGCAGGGAUCGCUCCUCUCCGGCACCGUCGCCCACAACACCGUCGCCAUCUCGUCCGCCAAGGCCAACGGUUACUACGAGACGCCCGAGUGGAAGCGCCGCCUGGUCAAGGGCGAGGGCGCUGACCAGAAGGACCUGUUUGGACCCACCUGCCUCGAGAACAUCUUCGCAAGGCCCGCCAGCACCCCCGCGCAAGAGACGCCGCAGGCCAAACGCAAGCUGGGCGUUCUGCGCCUGUCUGCCCUGCCCUCGAGUCCUCCGCCAUGGCCGUCCGCCGCCAGCGACCCGUACGCCGACCGCUCAGCCUCGACGGGCAGCCAAGUGCACCACCGACAAGACUCACACGCCGAUCGCCCUGCCUCGACCGGGAGCCAGGCACACCACCGACAAGACCCGUACGUUGACCGCUCUGCUUCGACUGGCAGCCAAGUGCACCACCGACAAGACUCGUACGUCGACCGUCCUGCCUCCUCAACCGGGAGCCAGGCGCACCACCAACAAGACCCAUACGCCGACCGCUCAGCCUCGACGGGCAGUCAAGUGCACCACCGGCAAGACUCCCAGCAACGAGCCUCGACCACCGACCCUGGGAACUCCCUCUCGGUUGCACAGGACGAGCCAGCGCGAACAGUGAGCGGCCAGAUCGAGUUCGAGAACGAGCAGUUCAGCCCGGUUUUCAUCAACACCGAGCUUGAGAUUGGGCAGUCGCCCGACCCUGUCCCCCAGUUCAGGGGGUCAGAGCUCGCGAACAGGCUGCGACAAAUCGGCUCGCCACCGCCCGACCCGCAAGACUCGAUACCCGAAGGCAGCUCGCUGAACUACACCCGAGAAGGAUCGUCAUUUGCCAGGAUACAGGACGACUCUCUUCCCGAGGGUCUGCCAGUCGGCACGCCAGACAUCGCCGAUGUGGGCCGCUACGUCCAGCUUCGAAGGGGUGGCUACUCCAUGGACGGCUCCUUUCGAAAACGCCCUCUCAGCCCAUCGCCUGAGAAAGCGUCUGCACAACAGGGUACUGGCCGCAGUAACGGCACUGGCCGCAGCAAUAGCACAGUUCAGACAGCCAUCAAAGACAGUCGAGGCAUCGCUAGUGACUCGGCCAUAGUGGAUGAUGAAGACGUUCCGAGGACACCUCUUCGACGCGUAAAUCAACUCUUAAGCCCCAAUCACGUAAAAAGCUCUGGUAGCCCCCUGAAACUGUUUGGCACACACGACACGUUCACGAGCAACCGGCUGAUAAGACGCUUGAGUCAACUAGAGUACAAGCCAGACUCACCUAGACCAAGCAGCGUACAAGACAGCAGAUUUGAGGUUGCAAGACCGGUGGUGCAGAUCAAAUCAAGGCCGCUGGUGCAGAUCAAGUCAAGACUGGCUUCUGUUGAGGAAGUCAGUGGCCUACAUAGUGGCAAAGCGCAACCAGAUGUUCAGCAACCGUCGUCACGGCGCGUGAGCACUUUCGGCCAAGGCCAGUUUAUCAAGUACCAGUUCGAUGCCGACUUCUCCGUUCUGUCUUCGGGAAGAUCAGACACUGAGGACGAUAGUGCGCCUGAGGAUUCGCCCACGAGUGAUGUGGCACCUCCUGGUAGUCGUCCGCCAUUCAAAUUCCAUCUUGAGGAGUCGUCAACUCGCGAAGCAUCACAAACUACACGACAACUGUCGAGACACGUCUCGAAUCCGUACAGAACGUUGAGUCGAUCGGGCCCACAGUUCAAGCGCCAUGUCGUUCCUACGCAGGUAGAGGAAGAACAAGAUGAUCACUCCUCGGACUACGCCGAUGGCAAGCGUGGCCCAACUUCGCCCUUCAAGAACCCGACACCGAAGCGUCGAAGAACGAUCAACGACACCGGGGAGGAAAGCGAACUUAGCGAGUCACGGAACGACGUAGGGUCACCCCCGACGCAAGAAUCGCAUGCGGCAAUACAGGCAGUCAUUGGACGAAACCUACAGUAUGCCGACAAUGAAAAUCUACUCAACGCAGCCAAUUCGGAUAUGCUGUCUAGACGGCACAUUCUCAGGCCACGUAACCCAACUCCAAGCCAGCGAAGGCGCGAAGAGAUCGAGGCCGAGAUCAUGGAGGCCACAGAAGCUUUUAUUCAGGCUUCUCCAAAGCUGGACACGAUACGCGAACAGCUGGAGCCAUCCAUGGUCUCAGAUGAGAGUGAAGAGCAAGACCGAGCGGCCGCAGUUGCAAACGAGGUUGCCAUGUUCACGAUGAAGAGACAAGCUAUGCGGAAACAAACCCGCAAGCGAUCUGUGACGACCCAGGACUUCUUGGACGAGGCUCUGAAGAUCAUGAACUUCAUACGGACGAAAGGCAAACCGACCAGUGGGCUAGGAGACCUUGAAGAGGCAUCCGAAUUCGACGUGCUAGAAGAGCCAAGCGAACAACCCUCGGCAUCACUCACAUUUGAACGGCCUCCCAGCCGAGAAGGUCAGCGCUCUGCCUGGCGCAAUCCCAACAAACGCGACUCAGAUCCCAGUGUCAUCUCGCAUCUUCGCAAGUACGAAGAGAGAGAAUCGGACAGUUUCCUAAGCUCGUCACUAAGUUCAGUAAAGAUCUCAAGAAUGAAAAACACGAUGCAGCCGGAAGGGACCAGCGAAUCAACUGAGAAAGGCAACGUCGGGCUCGGGGUUUAUUACCCUCGACAAUUCGGUCCAUACGGCGACUACGACCCUAACGAUGCUCGUCCUCAGACUGGCCAGUCCGCUGGAUCGUCAUUGGGACAUACCAUCGCCACGAACUUUUCACGCCGUUCCGAUCAAGUCGCGACUCUCGCCCCGGAAGCGGUUGCACAUCUUAUCCCACACCAGAUCGCAGGUAUGAGCUUUAAUCGUGAAAAGAAAAUAUGGGUCCGUCAGAAGAGCCCCUCAAAGGAGCACCGUCUUCCUGAAGAAGACCACGGUAGUAUGAAUCAGAGCCAGAGUGAGGAUGACCCUUUUGGCAACAUUCCAGAUCUCUCGGUGAGUGAGACUAGGGACAUCAAUUCCGAGGCCGGAUCGCCUCCAUUCCCUCAACCGACUGCUGAGACACUCCUGGAGGAUGAUGAGGCUGAAGAUGAAGGCCGUCCGACGACUUGCGCAAGCUCCGUCCCAUCGAAGUGUUCGAACAAUUUCGGAUGGAGCUUCACAAAGACAGAGACACGAGCCACAUCGUGUAGUACGCAGGUACCGCGUAAAAGGAGUGCGCAAAAGGCACCAACGCUUCAAACGCCAUACGCGAUUCCGGAAUCUGAUGAAGACGACAUCGAACACGAAAUCCAAUUCUUCGAGGGUCGCAACACCGCGGCGCCCAAUGUUCCCCGUCCCCGCGUUCGGGAUAUCACGAUCUCAUUUGCUGAACGUGAACUGGGAGACAAGCAAGUACGACACGCAGAACCUUCACACCGAUUCGCACAACCUCAGCGAGGCGUCUCAGGCGUUUCGCCGACUAUCAAAUCAACUUGGUCUAACGCGAGCGGUAUGGGCACAUUGCCCAGGAAACGGCCGGGCCAGCGGCAAAGGUUCAAUGGCGAGGGCGAUGUGUCGAUACUUGAAGAGCUGCCUUCGAAGAACUACCGCAUGGAGUUGUCGAUGAAUGUCUCCGCACCGGUUCUUAGCCCAGUCAAACCAGACACGCUACUCGUCGCACCUUCAUCCCCCUUGAAGGGGGAUGUCACGUUCAUGCUCAGUGAAUUGCCUGAGUUCACUCUGAACCAAGUUGACGAGUUCGACCACCCAGAUCGGGUGAUUGUCAAGCACGACGGAACCCGCUUUUCGAAGGGAUACGAGGAUCGUUAUGCUCAGGGCACUGCUGAGCUUGUGAGGGCGCUGCAAGAUAUCGAGCCGGAUGAGCCGUACUGGGAGGAUCUUCGCGAGGUUUCCCUCCGCGGCAAGAACCUUGGUAGCAUGCACCGCCUUGACGAGCUCUGCUUUCGUCUUGAAGAGCUUGAUAUCUCGGACAACGAGAUCAGCCAGGUCGAAGGGAUCCCAUACUCGAUGCGACGACUACAAGCACAAAACAACUCCCUCACUGGUCUUACAUCUUGGGCGACUUUGGGCAACCUGCAGCACCUGGACAUUUCGAACAACCACAUCGACAGUCUGGACGGUCUCGCCGAGCUGAUCCAUCUUCGGGUUCUAAAGAUCGACAACAACCGGCUGAAGUCGUUGGAUAGCAUCCUGCAUCUUGACGGGUUGAUUGAGUUGCGUGCUGGCAGCAAUGAAAUUGACCUGGUAGACUUUGCUCGAUCGAAUUUGAAGUCUUUGACCGAUCUGGAUCUUCGGAAGAACCGAUUGCUGGAGGUGCGAAAUGUGCACCGUCUGCCGCAGCUCCAGCACCUGAACCUUGAUGAGAACGAAAUUGACGAAUUUCCCCUGUCCGACAUGCCGACUGAGCCAUGUAAGAAUCUACGAUCGCUCCGGAUCUGCCGGAACGGCAUGACAGUUCUACACGUAGAUGGGCAGUUCCCCAGGCUUGAGAGUCUGUAUGUCGAUGGCAACUCAUUGACACAUAUCGAUGGCCUUGAGCAACUGCGCCGUCUUCGCACUUUCUCAGCACGGGAGCAGAUAUUGGGCACUGACUCAGAUGCGGAGAUUUGCGUGGGCAACUUGGUAAAGAACACUGAAGUCCACAACCUUUACAUUUCCCUCAACCCAGCAUACACCCUAGGCAUAACGCAGCAUCUGCUGAACCUCCAGCGACUCGAACUUUCGUCUAUGGGUCUGAAAGAGCUGCCCGACAACUUCGGACAGCUGACGCCGAACAUCCGAUCUGUGAAUCUGAACUUCAAUUCUCUGCGAGAUCUUCGGCCGCUGCUCAAUAUCAAGCGACUGAGCGAACUCCUCCUCGCAGGCAACAAAGUCGAGCGCCUGCGACAGAACGCAAUGGUGUUGGGGAAAUUCCCAUCCCUCUCGAAGCUCGACUGGCGUGACAAUCCUGUCACCCUGCGGUUCUACGCUUCAGCAUCAGAGAACAGAGUCAUGUCUCUCAGGCAGAACCCAGACGAUGAACAAAUCACCGACCGCUUCGUGCUCCCGCGUGGCGAUGCCGAUGCCGAUGAACAGCACCAGGCCCGACUUGACUAUGAGACGCGCAUCAGACGCCGAGUUACUGAGAUGAUGCUGGCAAACCUCUGUCGAGAUCUGCGCGAGCUUGAUGGUAUGCCCUUCGACAAGGCCCGUAUCCUAGUAAAGGACGAUGUAUGGGAACGAUUGGCCAGUCUUGGUGUUAUCCGACGCAAGCAGCCGGAGAAGACAAACGAUGACGAUUACUAAGACCUGGAUACCGAAAAGGAGAAUGUUGUACGAUACGUGGGCUAUUGCUAGCAGGUUCUAAUCAUGGCGUAUUGGGCAUUUGAGAUGAUUAGGCACUGCUGUAUCUCUGGCGUUUGGAAGGCUUUCUGAACAGUAUCAUAUACACAAGUAUUUCUUAGGCGCAGCGUCAUAUAUAUCCCGCGUCGCACGCGAUUAUUUAUCAUAGGCUGACGUGCCUGCACAAAUUGAAUUUACCACACAAUUAUCUUUCGU